CCUUCUGGAUGAAGGAGAAGACUGACGUCACGUGUCACCAAAGUCAGAAAGAUAAAACGCAGCGUUGUGAAAGGUCGACUUUUGGAAUACGUAAGACUCUGGAUGAACCAGAAGGUUAGUGUUCCUGGGACACAGUGAUGAUAACAGCGCCACGUGUCCCCUGUCUGAAAUAUCCAUUUUCUGUACUUUAUCUUCUUCACCUUGUCCGAAAAAAUCUCAGAGCUCCGCUGCAAUGGAGGUCACUGCGAACGAACCAGAUAUGAGAAGCUCCAAAUCCUCUCCGAUAGUAACGAUACCGAACUUCUUCGUGUCGCUCUCCUCGGCAUUUACGCAAACACCUUCCGUGCGUACGAACAAGCCCAGUUUGCGGCCAGCUUCAGACUCCGUCAAGUUGAUUCAAGACUUCCAUCGUUCUCUACUCUCCGCGACCGAGAAAUUCGCAGGCUUCUUCCACUCGCUCGCCGCUGAGAACCCUCUGUUUCAGGAAGCGGUUCGCUUGUCCUCCGAGUUUCGCGGUGUUUGCGACGAGAUUCGUUUGAGGAACACUACAAGGGUUAGGCUUGCCAUGUCGGAUCACGGGUUUGCAGCGGUUCUGCCUGGAGAUUCAGUUGCAGGAAUGGUGGUUGCUAACGGGUUGAUAAACUUCCUCAACAUCUACAACACCGUACUUGUUGUCCGUCUAGUACUCACCUGGUUCCCCACUGCUCCUCCUGCCAUUGUUAACCCCCUCAGCACUCUAUGUGAUCCAUACUUGAACAUAUUCCGGGGAGUCAUACCGCCUCUUGGAGGAUUAGAUUUGUCUCCCAUUUUGGCCUUCCUUGUUCUCAACGCCUUCACCAGCAGUGCUAUGGCGCUUCCUUGUGAGCUCCCACCAGCUGAAGGAGUGACUUCUCCAUCAUCUUGUGAGACAAAGUGGAUGAGGAGGAGAAGGUUGAGUAGCAACCAGAACCAAACACCGAGCUCUGCUUAAACCUUAUUAAAAAAACAACUCCUCUUUUCUUCGCUUCAACAUGUGACAUAUACUUUUCGAGUAAUUUUAUUCAUCUGCAUCUCUGGAUUCUGAGUUUUAUUUUGUGUGUAAAUUUUCUUUAUAAAAUGAAUAAAAAGAGUUGUUACUAAAAACAUUAAAGAAAAAGAGUUAUGUUCUUUGUAA